AUGAAAGAAGAGUUUGAGAUGACAGAUCUAGGAGUGCUGCACUAUUUCUUAGGAAUAGAAGUCAAUUAUAAAGAAGGAAAUAUCAUACUAUCUCAACAAAAGUAUGCAAGAAAUCUGCUAGAUAAAUUUAACAUGAGAGACUGUAAUUCUAUCUCAACACCAAUGGAAUAUGGACUUCGGUUAACCAAAGAAGAUCCAGAAGAAAGCGUCGAUCAAAACAUGUAUAGAAGUCUGGUUGGAUGUCUGAUGUAUCUAACAAACACUCGGCCAGAUAUUCUGUUCGUUGUUAGCAGAAUAAGUCGCUUUAUGGAAAGGCCUAAAAAGAGCCACUGGGAAUCAGGGAAAAGGAUUCUUAGAUAUGUGAAAGGGACACUGAAUCAUGGAAUAAUAUAUUCAAAAGGAAGCAGAGGGAAACUUACAGGUUAUAGUGAUAGUGAUUAUGCAGGUGACAUCAAUGAUAGCAAGAGCACAUCAGGAUAUGUUUUUCAUCUGGGAUCUGGUGCAAUAGCAUGGCAAUCGAAGAAGCAGAAGGUAGUAUCAUUAUCAUCAACGGAGGCAGAGUACAUAGCUUUAUUGAUGGCAGGAUGUCAAGCCUUAUGGCUAAAGGGGAUUCUCAAUGAUCUUUGA